AUGUCGCUCGAUAAUCUCACCAAUCUAGCCGUGGCGAAUGCACAGACGUUUGCACGGUCCUAUGCCGGUAACAGCGAUAACAGAGAGAGCACGAUCACAUCAUUCUUCUGGUCACAGACCUCGUCCUCUGCAUGGACUACCGCACUCGUCAUCAUCGCGAGCCUGCUCAUCUUGGAGCAAUCUGUAUACAAGCUCAAGAAGAGGCAUCUACCGGGGCCCUCAUGGACGAUACCCGUCAUCGGUCGAUUUGCCGACUCUUUGAACCCCACCAUGGAAGUCUAUAAGAAGGGCUGGGAAGUGCCGUUAUCGGCCGUGUCUGUCUUCAACAUCUUCAUUGUCAUGGCCUCUGAGAACAAAUACACACGCAAGAUCCUCAACAGCCCAAGCUACACGGAGCCCUGCCUCGUCGCAUCAGCCAAGCAAGUCCUCCUCAAGGAGAACUGGGUCUUCCUGAACGGCAAGGUGCAUUCUGAGUACCGCAAGGGCCUCAACUGCCUCUUUACUCGCAAAGCACUCGGUCUCUACCUUGAGACGCAAGAGCGAAUCUACAAGGCCACCUUUGAGAAGUGGUUGGCCGAUCCGUCCGAGAAAGCGCGUCCGAUGCAGAUGGCGUUCCGCGAUCUCAAUAUGGAGACCUCGCUUCGCGUCUUCUGUGGCGACUAUAUUCCCGAUUCCGGCGCCCAGGAGAUCUCGGACAAAUACUGGCUCAUCACACAGGCCCUUGAGCUCGUCAACUUUCCACUUGCCCUGCCAGGAACGAAAGUGUACAAGGCCAUCCAAGCUCGCAAGUCUGCUAUGACAUGGUUAGAGCACGCCUCUGCACAAAGCAAAUUGAGAAUGUCGGCCGGCGGCGAACCAAAUUGUCUCGUCGAUCGCUGGAUCAAAGAAAUGCUUGUGGCGAAGAAGUAUGCCGACACAAGUGAGCAAGGUGAGGGCGACGAGGCAGGCUCGCGUCCCAUGUUGAUCCGCGAGUAUUCCGAUCACGAAAUUGCCAUGGUUGUCCUCUCAUUCCUGUUUGCGAGUCAGGACGCCAUGACUAGCUCCAUCACAUUUGGCUUCCAGUAUCUCGCCGACUAUCCUCAGGUGCUCAGCAAGGUCCGUGAAGAGCAGUACAGGAUACGCAAUAACGACGUCACUGCGCCCUUGACGCUCGACCUUAUCGAUCAGAUGCCUUACACACGCGCAGUCGUCAAAGAAGUCCUGCGGAUUCGUCCGCCCGUCAUCAUGGUUCCCUAUGCGACUACCAAAGCGUUCCCGAUCUCAGACGACUACACCGUACCUGCCGGUACUAUGUGCAUCCCGAGCUUCUGGAACAGCCUCCACGAUCCCUCAGUCUACCCCGAGCCGGACGAGUUCUUGCCCGAGCGGUGGCUCGAGGGUGGCUCUGCCAUCGGAGAGGGCUCAUCGCCCAAGAAUUACCUCGUAUUCGGCAGUGGGCCUCAUCGCUGCAUCGGCCAGGAGUAUGCUCAGCUUCACAUGACUGCCGUCUUUGGCACAGCGUCGGUCUUGAUGAACUGGCAACAUGAGCUCACGCCUGAGAGCGACAAGAUCAAGAUUAUCGCCACCAUAUUCCCCCAGGAUGAAUGUCGACUGAAGUUCACAGCCAGACCAGCGCCUGGUCGGGACUAG